AUGAAAGCUGAGAGUUCGAAAGUCACCAAGAGACGUCUGUCUCCAGAAACACUCGAGCUGAUACGCCAGCUUGGAAUCGCACGAGCUGCUGGCAACCGCGAACGAACGUCCGAACUUGCAAAACAAUGCAGACAGGCGAUAAAAGAAGAUCUUAGAGAGGGAAGUGCAGCAGUAAUGGCGGAAGCUGUAGAAGCUGGGAAAAGCAUUCGCAAAGCCCACCGAAGCUUCGCCAAUUACAAAACCAAGAUGAUUGCAUUCCGACGUCCAGACGGAACAGUGCAGCAUCCAUAA